AUGGGCAAGUUGCCAGACUUUCCUGGAGCUCAGUUUUGCGUGUGUGGGAGCACCAACGCAGACUCUGGAGAAGCUCGAGACUUCAUCGACAGCUCUCUAGAAAUGAGAUCUUAUUUAGGGAGCAGUUACUGCGACGCCAGCUACCGCAACCUAGGAGCUGACGAAGAACUGCAUGGUGAGUGCCUAGAGUCGGAAAAACCGUUCUGCGAACUCGAGGAGAGGGAUUUCCCUGGGCGGGACGUGGGCAGGGUGCUUCGAGGCAGCCGCCACCACUCCUCCACAGCGGCGCCUUGCCGCCGCCAGCCCACCACCGUGGGCGCCAACACCCUGGUCACUCCCUUUUGCUUACAUCCCUCCUUAGAUGUGCCGCCUACCGAAACAGGGGGAGACCAGGGAGGUACAGGGUCUGAACCUGAGCGUGGAGCCGCAGCACAGAACUACCUUGGCGGGGGAGAGCCCAGGCUCUUGAACAACGAAGCCCGUCGGGGCGGCGGUGGGGGCGAUGGUGAGGGCGUUGGCGGCGGCCAGGGAGUCGCCGGCGGCGGCCAGGAGUUCCAGCAGCAGCAAUUGGAGCCUGCCCCCCGAGCCGAGGCUGGUCCACAAGUCGCGGAGAGGAAUCCGCGCCGCUACCGAACCGUGUUCACCGCGUUGCAGCUGCAAGAGCUGGAGUACUUAUUCCGUCACUGUCAGUAUCCCGACAUUUUCGCACGUUGGCUAGCACUUAGGGAGGAGCCUCUUGUGACCUCUAACCCCACAUUGUUGAUGAAUAUCUUCCUAAAAUGCAUAAUUGGAAUGAUGGGAAUCGGGAUGCCCUGGUUAAGAAAUGGAACUGAGCAAGAGCCUUGCAGCACUGGGCCAGACUUUGAGUAUUUCCAGCGUUGGUAUUUCACGCCAGUUGAUGUAGCCCAACACCACCACUGGAAAGAUCUCUGGGUGUCUUACCUGAAUACUAACGCGUUGGCACAAGAGUACAAAGGAGACCUACUGCUGAAACUCAUCGUGGAAGUUACGGGUCAAUAAAUCAGUCACUGGUUUAAUCCAAACAUCCACAAGCACUUAGAUCCGCUAGUCGGUUCCCAAAGAUACCUCACGCCCUCCCCCCCACCCCGGGGCGGGGGCAGCUUUCUGCCCAUCCCACUUCAGCUGCCCAGAUCCAACUGAGCCUAUAAUUUCGGAAAGCCCUGGUAGCUGGGGUCGCGUUAUGAAGCGGGGAGGCUGUCCGCCAAGACCAACAUCCAUAUCAUUAAAACGCUCACGUCGCAGUAGCACAUACUGGAGGUGGGAGCCCUGGAAUCAACGUGGGAAAUCCUACAUCACUAUCUCCCCUAUGAUGCACAUGCUGCCAGCUACACAUGGAAAUAUGAAGGGAAGAACCUGAACAUGGAUAUAACCUGGAAGAGAAUGGGAUCUAGGAUGAAUUAGACCAUGGAGGGUACAUUACAUACACCUGCAAUACUUCACUACUUCAAUGAUGACCUCACAGAGCUAUAG